GAGAUUCUUGAGAGGCCUCAAUCCUCUGGGUCUAUAAGUUCUGACCCUCCAUCUUCCCCAUUGCCGGAAUAUGUGUUCAAUCCACCAUCACGGCCAGACUUUGGCACCAUGGGCAGGGCAAUAAAGCUCCAGGCCAACUUCUUUGAGAUGGAAAUCCCCAAAUUGGAGGUCUAUCAUUAUGAUAUAGACAUCAAGCCUGAAAAAUGUCCUAGGAGGGUCAAUCGUGAAAUUGUGGAGCAUAUGGUCCAGCACUUUAAAACUCAGAUCUUUGGAGACAGAAAGCCAGUGUAUGAUGGAAGGAAAAACCUCUACACUGCUAUGCCUUUGCCCAUAGGCAGGGACAAAGUUGAGCUUGAAGUCACGAUUCCCGGUGAAGGCAAAGACCGCAGCUUUAAAGUGUCCAUCAAAUGGAUGUCCUGCGUUAGUCUGCAGGCUCUGCAUGAGGCACUGUCAGGACGACUACCCAGCGUUCCCUUUGAAACGAUUCAAGCCUUGGACGUGGUCAUGAGGCAUUUGCCCUCAAUGAGAUAUACCCCAGUGGGGCGCUCUUUCUUUACUCCUUCAGAGGGAUGCUCAAACCCUCUUGGUGGUGGCAGAGAGGUGUGGUUUGGGUUUCACCAGUCUGUCAGGCCUUCUCUCUGGAAAAUGAUGCUCAACAUUGAUGUUUCUGCCACUGCUUUCUACAAGGCUCAGCCUGUGAUUGAAUUCAUGUGUGAAGUUUUGGAUUUCAAAAGCAUCGAGGAGCAGCAGAAGCCUUUAACAGACUCUCAGCGUGUAAAAUUUACAAAAGAAAUCAAAGGCCUGAAAGUUGAGAUUACUCACUGUGGUCAGAUGAAAAGAAAGUACAGAGUUUGCAACGUGACCAGAAGACCAGCCAGCCACCAAACGUUUCCCUUGCAGCAGGAGAAUGGCCAAACUAUUGAAUGUACAGUAGCACAGUACUUUAAAGACAAGUACAAGCUCAUCCUGCGAUACCCCCACCUCCCGUGUUUACAGGUGGGACAAGAACAAAAGCACACCUACCUCCCUCUAGAGGUGUGUAACAUAGUGGCAGGACAGCGCUGCAUUAAAAAGCUGACUGACAAUCAGACCUCCACUAUGAUCCGAGCCACAGCCCGAUCAGCACCGGACCGUCAGGAUGAGAUCAGUAAACUGAUGAGAAGUGCCAACUUCAAUACUGACCCUUAUGUUCGUGAAUUCGGCGUGAUGGUGAAGGAUGAAAUGACAGAAGUGAAUGGCCGUGUCUUGCAAGCACCUUCAAUACUGUACGGCGGCAGGAAUAAAGCAAUAGCCACACCAAUCCAGGGCGUGUGGGACAUGAGGAACAAGCAGUUCCACACUGGGAUUGAGAUCAAAGUGUGGGCCAUUGCCUGCUUUGCCCCGCAGAGACAGUGUACUGAACUUCUGCUCAAAGCCUUCACAGACCAGUUGAGGAAGAUCUCUCGUGAUGCUGGGAUGCCUAUUCAGGGUCAGCCUUGUUUCUGCAAGUACGCCCAGGGAGCCGACAGCGUGGAGCCAAUGUUCAGACACCUCAAGUACACCUACCAGGGCCUGCAGCUGGUGGUGGUCAUCCUUCCUGGGAAGACACCAGUUUAUGCUGAGGUGAAACGUGUUGGAGACACAGUUCUUGGAAUGGCUACACAGUGUGUCCAGGUGAAGAAUGUACAAAAGACAACCCCUCAGACUCUCUCCAACCUCUGCUUGAAGAUCAACGUCAAGCUGGGCGGCGUCAACAACAUCCUGCUCCCACAGGGCAGGCCGUUGGUGUUUCAGCAGCCAGUCAUCUUCCUGGGUUCAGAUGUGACUCAUCCACCUGCAGGAGAUGGAAAGAAACCUUCCAUUGCUGCUGUGGUUGGUAGUAUGGAUGCCCAUCCCAGUCGAUACUGUGCCACGGUGCGGGUGCAACAGCACCGUCAGGACAUCAUCCAGGAUCUGGCCAACAUGGUGCGAGAGCUGCUCAUCCAGUUUUACAAGUCCACUCGCUUCAAACCCACCAGAAUCAUCUACUAUCGAGAUGGCAUCUCUGAGGGCCAGUUUAGUCAGGUUCUGCAACAUGAGCUGCUGGCAAUCCGUGAGGCUUGCAUCAAACUAGAGAAAGAUUAUCAGCCUGGAAUCACCUUUGUGGUUGUGCAGAAGAGACACCAUACAAGGCUGUUCUGUGUGGACAGAAAUGAGAGGGUUGGAAAGAGUGGCAACAUUCCUGCAGGCACCACAGUGGACACCAAAAUCACUCACCCAUCAGAGUUUGACUUCUACCUUUGCAGCCAUGCUGGCAUUCAGGGAACUAGCAGACCAUCUCACUACCAUGUUCUGUGGGACGACAACCACUUCUCAUCAGAUGAACUGCAGGUCCUCACCUAUCAGCUUUGCCAUACCUAUGUGCGCUGCACUCGCUCAGUUUCCAUCCCAGCACCGGCCUACUAUGCUCAUUUAGUAGCUUUCCGGGCUCGCUAUCACUUGGUGGACAAGGAGCAUGACAGCGCGGAGGGCAGUCAUACAUCAGGACAGAGCAAUGGACGAGACCACCAGGCCUUGGCCAAAGCUGUCCAGAUCCACCAGGACACCUUGCGCACCAUGUACUUUGCCUGAGAGCACCUCACAGCCCCAGGGUGGCGUGGGUGAGACCCCACAGAUGGAACACACUACCCUCACUGUCAGCUGUACAUAACAAUAGAGUGGUUUUAUGUCCCAACCUGACAAACCGACGAGUGGCUCUUACGUCUACAGUUGUACCCUUAAACCCGUGAAAAUGAAGCCAUCUGUUAGACUUUUUAGAAGGUGAAUUUAGCAGGAAGAGGUUUGAUUUACCUUUUGUAUUUGGUGUUUAUUUUCGGGCGAGUGGGCAAAUGCGUUGAGUGAAAAAAGAAAAGUUAAAGAUUGCACACUGAAAAACAAAUUGAAUUUGAAAUAUUGGGCAGUUACAUUAUACAUCGUGAUGAUGCUUUAAUUUGGAUGUAGCCUCUUCCAGUUUUUAUGUUUUUCCUAGCUGCAGUCUUGGUGC